CGCGACGCAGCGCGCAGGGGCCAACGGUCGAGGCUGCGACAAGGGGCACCAGGGGUCAACUCUAAUCAACACACAGAUCCACUGAGCGAUAGAGGUUAGCACUGCUAAUACUCUGGCGGAAAGAAAAAGGAACUCUUCUCGACCGGGGAAUUCAGUUGUAUCUUCUCACAAUGUGGAAAUUGGCGGGAGUCGCGCUGCUGGCGCUGUCAAGCCGCGUCUUUGCCCACGGCGACCACGACGGUCAAGCUGCCCUCCAGGGCGAGACUGAUUGGGGAACAAUACACAUGGCUGAGGAACAUCAUAUCGGCAAUUUCGAGCCCCGCGCCUUCUUCUCACUCCACGACUUUGACUCCAAUGGCUAUUGGGACCCCUACGAGGUUCUACGGACAUACGGUCUCAACGACGACUCGCUCAAGGACACACCUGCAGAGAAAAGGAACGAGAUUUUGACCGAGGUCUUUAGGCUGUUUGACACCAGCGGUGACCGCCGGAUCACGCAGGCCGAGUGGUUACAAAAGUAUGACGAGGGCGUGAGGCUGCCAGACUUUGGGCUUGGCCCCGGUCAUCAUGGCGACGACGAGUAUGAGUAUGAAAUCCACCAUUUUGAAAAGUACCAUGAUGAGAACACCCGCGAAGAAGAUCUCACCCAUCCGGAAGACAUUGAACACUUCCGCAAACACGACAUGGAAGCCGAGGCAGCCGAGCGCCAGGAGCAGCUCGAUCGCAUGUCCAUUGUCGAGCAGAAUAUUCCACUGAAAUUCCGAAAGACACAGUAAUCAAAAGUCGGCACUGCAUUUCACGAUAGCGAUUAUAAAAUGUUGGCCAUGGUGGGCAUAUGAUUAGAUCAGCAAAAGAAGGCGUUGGGGGUGACGACAGUUGUGGUGUAUUAUAGCAAUUUCUGCUUUGGACUGUUUUUCCUAGAUCUAUCAGCACAUGCCUUUGCAAAUACUUGCUGCGAGGCUUUAUCAUUUCUUGUACAUCAAUCUUUUCAGCACUUCAGCCCACUUGUCAUUCCUGCCGGAGCUUCGCAUAUAGCGUCAUGAGUGCGAGCAUAGCAGCCAAGGCAAGAUACACGGCAAAAACCAAUUAGCCAGACCAUUGCAUUUCAGCAUACGCACAGCAGAUACUGUAUUGGACAUGCAAG